AUGCGAUUACUGUGGUGCGUAUUCAUCGAAGAACCUCAUACUCGUGUAUGCUGCCUUCGAAUUCCUAAUCGACCGCUAGCUGCCAUCUUCGCCACGUUUCAACUGACUGUUUCGCUCACUUCCCUGUUUCAGGUGAGAGGUUUAAAGAAUUUCGGAACAAUCCAGUAUUACCUGCGAACUAAACCUUUUCAGCAUGUGUUCUCGAUUUACAAACAUCGGAACGUCUUUUUGUGCCGCUCAGGCAUCUCCGCAAACGCUUCCAUCGAGGAAAAGUACAUGGCUUAUGACGUGAUCAUUUUCGACUUCGGUCUGAUGCAUCGAGUAUUGGGAACGGAAGAAUGCGUCGCCAAUUAUCUAGACGGAGGUUACAUGCGCUUCGGUUGGUGCAUAGAGCAGAGCUCUGCACUCAUUAUCGCCAUCUUCUCUCUACUUUGCUGCCCAAAACCACUUUGGUUGCUUUGGCCAGCCCUUCUUAUUCAGUCGUCGUACUCCUUAGGAUUAGCCGUGCUGACAAUGGCCACAGCACCAAAGCUUCUCGAAGCCCUUGGCGGUCGCGUUGACUUGGCACUCACGCUUAUGUUCAGCGCCUACUUCUUCGGGUAA